AUGUUCCAAAAACAAACUUUUGGUUCCACCAACACUGGUUUUGGUUCAUUAAAUACAAGCACGACUUCACCGUUUGGUGGCUUCAAACUGAACACCGGCACGAGCGCCUUCGGAGCGGCCCCGGCCUUUGGUGCUAAUGCUAACCCUCAACCGGCUACAGGUGGUGGCCUAUUCGGUUCACCAAACACUUCGGGCGGUCUUUUCGGUUCCAACCCAACAACAUCUACAUUUGGCCAGUCGAGCGGUUUCGGGUUUGGGGCCAGUACAUCGUCGGGGGGUCUCUUCAACAAUAGCAGCGGUGGAGGGUUAUUUGGCAACAACCAGAAUAAUACCGCCUUUGGUGCUAAGCCAGCUACCGGUUUCGGGUUUGCCGGCACAACCAACACGGCGACCACCGGCGGCUUGUUCGGCUCGGCGCCCUCCACCUCCACGGGACUGUUCGGUCAGCAGAACAACACCAUCUCGUCCGGUGGACUGUUCGGUGGGACCUCUGGUGGUUUCGGCCAAACCCAGGCGACAGGCACCGCCCACGUGAAGUACAACCCGGUGGUGGGCACAGAUGUGGUGGUGAAGAGUGGGACCUCCCAGAAUAUGAACAUCAAACAUCAUUGCAUCACAUGUAUGAAGGAAUAUGAAGGAAAAUCCUUAGAAGAACUUCGUCUGGAAGAUUAUUUGGCUGGUAGGAAAGGUCAGACGUCCGGGGGGAUGUUUGGUUUCCAGCAGCCCGCUGAGAAUAAACCAUUGUUUGGUGGCAGCACGUUCGGUCAGCCGGCGACCACGAGUACUCCCACCUUGUUUGGGGGCAACAUCGGUUCUACGCCCGCCUUCGGACAGACGAAUACAUUUUCGUUCGGGAGCAACACACAAUCUAACACCAACACCACAGGUCUCUUCGGUGCGAAUAAACCUGCCUUCGGUACUACCUCCACUACUGGCACAGGACUGUUCGGUGCGACCACGACUCAAGCGCCGACUUUCGGUUCUACGAACACCUUCGGUUUUGGCGCCAACACACAAAAUCAGAACACCGGUGGGCUGUUCGGUGCUAAGCCAGCAACCUCGGCAUUCGGCACGACCCCAGCUAGCACGGGCUUCGGGGGCUUCGGCAGCGGAGGCCUAUUCGGGGCGAAGCCUCAACAGACUACUGCACCUACCUUUGGUUCUACUGCGCCCACAUUUGGAGCAACAACCGGUUUUGGUACGAACACAACCGGUUCCGGCCUGUUUGGUGGUGGGACCUUCGGUAAACCGGCAACCACACAACCGUCUUUUGGUUUCAAUGCACAACCAACCUUAGGUACAGGUCUAGGCACGGGUCUGGGUACGUCGUUCCAGGCGAAGCCGGCCGCGCCCGCCUUCGGGUCUCUCGGCGCGGGCUCGCUGUUCUCUCAGCCGGCACAGAAUAAUACAUUCAGGACUGGUUUAGACUCAGGUCUGGGUGGAGGCGGUCUGUUUGGCAACACGUCGGCACUUGGCGGCGGGUCUCUUGGUGGUCUCGGGCAGAUGAAUGCCAAUAACGCUAGCUUUACCGGCAAUCUGUCCGGUGCUUCAGCGGGCGGCAACGUGCACGAGCAGAUCCUGACGUUGGCGGCGCGACCCUACGGAGACACGCCUCUCUUCAAGGACCUGGUGCCUGAUGCCUCGUCCUCGACGGAGGACAUCCUGAAGGCGACGAACCCGGCGGCGGUGCGCGCCGUGCUCGACGCCGGCGCCUACCGCGUGGCCUCGCCGCCCGCGCGCCUCGCGCUGCGCCCGCGCCCGCUGGCCUCGGCCGGGGACAAGAAGUCCCUAUUCGACGGUCUGGAGGAGUACGACGCGAGCCUGGAGUGCAAGCUGAGCCUGAAGCCCAGCCGCAAGCGCCUCGUGCUGCGCCCGCGGGACCUCUCGCCCGCCGACAACGUGGACGACAAUAACAGAUCGCUAGAAGAUUCACGUCAAGAAGCGACGAACACGCAAGAGGACAGACAGACGGAGAGAAACGAUUUUGUGUCCUUGAGAGAUGAGAAUAGAGCAGUAAAAGAUGUCAACAAUGUCAAUAAUGUUGAUUCAAACUCUGACAGACAUGGCAAUUGGCCCACCUCUUCCAAGCAGUCGUGGUCGGAGAAAGAGAAGUCUAUGGAUGGGGAGUCAACUCCGAGACUAUAUCCUGAUUUAGACACAGAAUUAUCAGCGCAGAUAUCGGAGAGACGGAGACGGGCGAGUUGGUUGACAACAAAGCCUCUACGAAAGCCCCUGGAUUCGAACCCCGACUCGGUAGAGAACUCAGUGCGUGAGUUAGGCGUCCGUACGCACCGGCUGUCGGAAGAUAAGGAGAAUAUAGACACUCUGUCAGUGUCCGAGGACGAGAGUGCGGCGGGCGCGCGCGCGCCGCCGCACCCCGCCGGCGUCAAGCUCACGCGCCCCGGCUACUACACCAUACCGUCGCUGGAGGAGAUCACCAACUACCUACGUCCGGACGGGUCCUGCGUCGUGCCGCACCUCACGAUCGGGCGCAAGAACUACGGCAAUGUGUUCUUUGACUGCGAGAUUGACGUCGCUGGGAUGGACUUAGAUGCUUUGGUCCACUUCCUGAACAAAGAGGUGAUAAUCUACCCGGACGACGAGAACAAGCCGCCGGUGGGCGCGGGCCUCAACCGCCGCGCCGUGGUCACGCUGGAGCGCGUGUGGCCGCGCGACAAGACGGAGCGGCGGCCCGUCACCGAGCCUGAUAGAUUAUUGAAAAUGGACUACGAGGGCAAAUUGCGUCGUAUCUGCGACAAAUACGACACCAAGUUCAUCGAGUACCGUCCACUGACUGGUAGCUGGGUGUUCAGGGUGGAGCAUUUUAGUAAAUAUGGACUGUCCGAUUCUGAUGAGGAAGAUGACACGCCAGACGUGCUGAAGAGACAAAUCGUCAACCAAAGUAUACAGAAGUCGGCUGCACCGGUACAAAAACCCCUAAUCGCGACUCCAACAUCAACCCCUCUUGGGAGUUUGUCAGGAGUCGCAGUCAACGGUUCUGGACCUAUGCUGGGGGGUCUCGGGGGUCUUGGAGGUCUGGGGGCCGUUGGUGGUAUGGGGGGUCUUGGGGGUGUCGGGGGGUCACCAUGCGGAGAGCUGUUCAAUAUGCAACAAAGCUCAUUAAAUCUCCUAAGCGGGUCUAAAGUAUUCGAUAUGGACACGACAGACGACAACGCGGACGCGCCGAGCUUAUAUCAAGAACAUAGAGCAUUCGGCGUGAAAAGUCCGACAAGCGAGCUGGCGCGCCUCGAGCACCGCCAGAGCCACCACGUGCAGGUGAUGAAGGCGUCCCUCUACAACGACACCGAAAUGGAUGACGACAUAUCAGUAUCGACGGGAGAUCAGCUCGUGCCCCACGCGAGUGUCGCAGCCCCCCUGCCGCCGGAGGCUGCGCCCGCGGGGCGGGAGGACCUCGAGAUGGUGCCCGUGAUGCUGACUGAAGAAGCAAUAAUGCGCCCGCUAUACAUCCAGCCGCACACCAUCGUACUGCAGUUUCAUAAGAAAGUGCCGCCGUUCAAACAAACCAUAGCAGGUCGCCUAAACGCAGCGUGCCUGGCGGACAUGAGCGUGAGCCGCGCGCGGCACUCGCGCGCCGGCUUCGGCCCGGGCGGCGCGCUCGUGUUCGUGUCCACGUACAACUGUGUCAAUGAUUUGCCUAAGACUGCAAAUCUGAGUGAGUUGGGGCAUUACGUGCGAGGCCGCUCGGAGGACGACUGGAGCGAGUCUGUGGUAACCCGUAUGUGUAUAGGUCGUACGGGGGAUAGCACUCAGAACAUUCUAUCGCGUCAGCUCGAGAGCCUUCUGGAGUUUUCCACGGCGGUGCAGACGCAAGGCGCGUGCGACAGACUUGUCGUGCGACAGUCGCCGGGCGAGCGCCGCGCGCUGCUGCGCCGGCUGCUGGACGACGCGCGCGACGCCGGGGGUGACACUAGUUUUGGUGUGUCCGGUGAAUAUUGUCUGCAAGUGUGGAAGCUGUGCGACGCUCUGUGGGGAGCCGACCUCGAUAAUGACGGUGUGCCAGGGACGGACGAACAGUCAAUUGUGAACAGACACAAUCGUCUAUUGGAGUGGUUCAAAGACGCGGUGUCGCAAAUAACAGAUAAGAAGCUCGCAGAGCCGCGUGAAGCUGAGAAAGAAGACGAGAAAGACUUCCACAGCGCUCGAGUGCUCACACUUUUGCUCGGUGGGAGGGUUGUGGAGGCUUGCAAGCUGUGCCGGGACAGCGGGGAUCUCAACAUGGCGGCGCUCCUCGCGCAGUGUGCUGGUGAUCCAGCCUUUAAAUCCCUGAUAUACCGGCAAAUGAACACGUGGCGGGAAUGUGGAGCCCUGUCGCUCAUGGCGGAAAAUCGCAUCGGAGCUCUAAACCUCCUGUCUACUGCGGGCAAAGCCCCGAACGCACAUUGGCUACAGACUCUACACGCUGUGGCUAGGUACACAACACCACAAAUCCCCACGCUGGAGCAAAUAAUAAGAACGUACGAAAGCUACUUCAGCUCCUCGGAUGAGGAGGUGGAUCUGACGACGCUCCCUGAUGAUGAGAUGGGCAUGCAGUUCCCGACGCCACCCUACCUUGAAGAGUAUAGUUGGACCAUGAACGGCAAGUACCGUCGUGUGCUGGACCUCCGCUACGAGCUGCUACGGGCUCGGGCCUUCCACGCCCGCCCGCGGCUCUCGCCCGCUUGCUACACGCCGGACCCCUUCGAUCACGCUCUCAGCUUCAUGCUGGGAUGCUGGCUGGGCGCGCCGUCGCCGGCCAGCAUCACGGGCGCGGCGGAGCAGCUGUGCGCGCGCGGCGACUGGCACCUGGCGCUGCAGGUGCUCGCCUACCACCCCGACGACCUCGUCCGCGGGCACCUGAUGCGCGAGGUGGUGUCGCGGCACGCGCCGGCGCGCGCGCAGUCGCCGGGCGCGCAGCGGCGCCUGGCGCUGGCGCGGCGCCUGCGCGUGCCCGAGGCGUGGCUGCUGGCUGCGCAGGCGCACAGGGCCAAGUACGAGCACAAGCCAGCGCUAGAAGUGGAAUAUUUGGUUGGCGCAGAACAAUGGAAUGAAGCACAUAAGGUUCUAUUGGACGAGCUGUUGCCUGAAGCGGUGUUGUCUGACAACAUGCAGAGCAUCAAGCACACGCUGGAGGCGCUGAGCGCGGCGGCGGCGCGCCAGCGCGUGGACGGCUGGGAGCGCGGCGGGCAGGCGCUCUACCACUACCUGCACGUCUGCGACGAGAUCCGCGGGCUGGUGGUGGCGGCGCCGCGCGGCGCGCCCGCGCUGGCGGCGCGGCUGGAGGCGCUGCGCCCCGCGCUGGCCGCCGCCUGCCGCGCGCUGCGGGGGCUCACCGCCACGUCGCCGGUGUCGGCGCGCGUGGCGGCGGCGCGCGCGGAGAUGGGCGCGCGGCUGCUGCAGCUGGCGCUGGCGGGCGGCGAGCCGCCGCCGCACCUGGCCGCGCUGCUGCGCGCGCUGCGCCUGCCGCCCGACUGCGCCGCGCGCGCGCAGGACAAGAUAACGACAGAUUUAGCGGAGCAAGCCUCCGAGCUGUGCCUCGAGUCGUCCCAGAGCUCCCCUAUCUCCUCACACCGGACAGCCGUCAAGAGU